AUAUAGCCCCCUCCCUCUUCCCACUUCUUCCACAAACACAUCAAUUAACCACCAAACCAAAAACCCAUUAUUUCUCUCCUUUUCUCCUAUAAUAUUCUCUUUUCUACACACAAAAAAAAAUGGCUGAAAACUAUCCUUUUCCAAUAUACUUCAUUCUCUUAAUAAUAACCAUAACACGUUUAAUAUCAACCGUAGGUAAAACCGAACAAUGGAAAUCAUCAUCAUCACUACCAAUAGAAUUAUCCUCAAACAAAAUAUCUCAAAAUCUCAUAAACAACCCAAAAGCAAUUGAAAAAGCUUCAAGUGAUUACGGCAACCUCGUACACGAUUUACCAGCAGCAGUAUUUAAUCCAACAACGGUAAACGACAUAGUAAGUCUUAUAAAAUUGUCGUUUAAUAGUUCUGUCCCUUUUCAUAUAGCCGCAAGAGGACAAGGACAUUCCACGCGCGGACAAGCUAUGGCACGUGAUGGUGUUGUUAUUGAUAUGAAAGAAUUUAGAGAAAAUAAUAAAAAAAAUAAAAAUGUUGAUAAUAUUAAGGUUUUUGAGGAUACUAAGGUUGGAUACUAUGUUGAUGUUGGAGGUGAAGAAUUAUGGAUUGAUUUUUUAUAUAAAACACUUGAAUAUGGACUUGCACCUGUUUCUUACACUGAUUAUCUUUACUUAACUAUUGGUGGAACACUCUCUAAUGCUGGGAUUAGUGGUCAGACAUUUCGUUAUGGUCCUCAAAUUUCUAGUGUUCAUCAAUUGGAUGUUGUCACAGGAAAAGGAGAAUUUGUAACAUGCUCUAAAGAGAACAAUUCAGAAUUAUUUCAUGGUGUUCUUGGAGGGUUAGGACAAUUUGGAAUUAUAACAAGGGCAAGAAUUGCUCUUGAGCCAGCACCAAAGAGAGUUAAAUGGGUAAGACUUUUGUAUAGUGAUUUUGGUGCUUUUACAAAAGACCAAGAACGUUUAAUUUCAAUGAAAGGAAUUAACAAAAAUAGUGGAUUGGAUUAUUUGGAAGGGAUGUUAUUAAUGCAUCAAGGACCCAUAAAUAAUUGGAGAUCUUCUUUCUUCCCUUUAUCCGACCAUCACAGAAUACUUUCCCUAGUAACACAACAUAGGGUCCUCUAUUGCUUGGAAAUUGCUAAAUAUUAUGAUCACCAUUCUGAAAACAAUGUCAACAAGGAAAUUCAAGUUUUACUCCAAGGACUGAGCUAUAUCCCUGGAUUUUAUUAUGAAAAAAAUGUGUCAUUUGUUGAGUUCUUAAAUAGAGUAAGAAGUGGAGAGUUGAAGCUUCAAUCACAAGGAUUAUGGGAUGUUCCUCAUCCAUGGCUUAAUAUGUUUAUACCAAAAUCUAGAAUCUUGGAUUUUAAUUCAGGUGUCUUUAUGAAGAUAAUUCAAAAAAGAAACAUUACCACAGGACCUGUCUUAGUUUAUCCCAUGAAUAGAAACAAGUGGGACAAUAAGAUGUCAGCAACAAUACCAGAUGAUGAGGAUGAUAUCUUCUAUGCUGUUGGAUUUUUGCACUCAAGUGGUUUUGAUAAUUGGAAAGCAUUUGAUGCUCAAAACAGAGAAAUUUUGCAAUAUUGUAAUGAUGCUGAAAUUAAGUAUAAGCUAUAUCUUCCCCACUACAGCACACAAGAAGAGUGGACAAACCAUUUUGGUCCUAAAAAAUGGAAAACAUUUUUACAAAGAAAAUAUGAGUUUGAUCCAAGAAUGAUUUUAGCACCUGGACAAAGAAUCUUCAACAACAAUUAAAAUCAUAGUAUAUAAUAUUUAAUAUUUUUUUUAAUAUUUAAUUUAUGAUAUGGGACUACCUAGCUGGCUGGUCAUAGGUGGUGUAUAUGAUGAUAUGAUCCAAACCUUUGAUCAGAAUAAUAGAUUUUUUGUACUUUGUAAUUUAAUUUUGUUAAGGGUAGGGUUAUGUGCUGAAUGAUUUUGGCAUAUAUAUAAAUUAGGUUAUACAUAUUACCUUAGAUAUGGUAGGUUGACAAAAUCAUAUGUGAGGUGCACACAUCUAGCUGUAUCCUGCUUUUUCUUUGUUGUGUGUCCUCAGAGUACCUAGUAGUAUUUUGAGUCAUAUAGUGUAGAGAAAUUAAACUUUUAUAUAUUGAAGAAUUUUAUCAUUUUCAAUAA